AGAAGGUCCAUGUUGAGGAGUAAUGGAGGGUCUUUGUCUCCACCUCUGGACUUCCCCACGCCCUUAUAAGGCAUUUCCCAGCGCGCGGUGGGAGGGGUCAGCAGGAUGUUCUCACAGGAUGUGAUGGCUGGACUCAGAUGUGGAGGGAACGUCAGCUGAGAGCAGAGCAGGACUGUUUGUUCAGUUACUGCAUGGAUAUCUGAGAGAGAGUGUGUGUGAGACAGAGUGUGUGUUAGAUAGUGUGUGUGUGAGAGACAGAGUGUGUGUGUGUUAGAUUGUGUGUUUGUGUGUGUGUGUGUGUGUGUGUGUCCGCAUGUGUGUGUGUGAGAGAGAGAGAGAGUGUGUGUGUGUGUGAAGUCAACAUGGUGAGGAGGAACGACCAACAGUAAUCAUCAGAUCACACUCAGCAGCUCCGUGCCUCCAUCUGACCUCCACCCCCCCGUGUCUGACAGACCAACAUGGCCGGUCUUGGGCCACUCUUCCUGCUGACCGUCAGCUGCUGCCUGGCAUCGUCCGCACGGCCUCAACGCCACCUCCCAUGCACGGUGGUCCAGAUGGAUGUGUUCUGCAGCGAUCUGAGCCUCAGGAGCGUCCCAGCCAACCUUCCUCAUGCCGUGCACAUGUUGGACCUCUCUCGUAACCAGGUGCAGAAUCUGAGUCAGGAGACUCUGGCACACCACACCGGCUUUCACCAUCUGAAGCUCCACUCCAACAAGAUCCACUUCAUCCAGCCAGGCCUUUUCAAAGACAUGCCGGAUCUGAAGGUCCUGGAUCUGUCCAGGAAUCAUCUGAAUGUGUUCGCUCUGUCCAAAAUCAACAUUGGGUCUCUUACCGCUGUACACUCACUUGAUCUUUCAAACAACGGGCUGUACACAGGAAUGUCAGACUACUUCCUUUAUGACUCUCCAGUGCUGGAGAAUCUCUCUCUGAACAGCAACAGCAUCACCAAAAUAUCCAAGAACACGUUCAGAUGGCUCCUCAUUGCUGACCAGAUCAGCCUCCACAACAAUGUCAUACUGGAAAUUGAGGAUGGAGCGUUUGACUCAUUGAAUCAUCUCUCUGAACUCGAUCUGUCCAAGAACUCAAUCACUUGCAUCACAGACUUCAACCUGUCCAAUCUAACAGCUCUGACUAGUAAGAACAGUGUGGAACUCUUCCAGAGCAGCAAACCUGAAAGCCACUAACAAACUUCAGUUUUUUAGAUUCUGAGUGAAAACAAAAUGUCGACUUUCCUCUUCCUCCCCAAAAAGAAUGAGCUCCAGUAUCUGGACAUUUCACGAAACAGACUCCAGAGCGUCAAUGUCACAGGAAAUUCUGAAUAUAAAUAUAUUUUCCCUAAACUGAGACACCUGGACAUGAGCUACAACCAGCUCAGGAGCAUACCAGAGUCCUUCUUCUACUGCAUUAGAUCACUGGAGGUCCUGAAUGUGAGCAACAACUGUCUCAGCUCGUUCUCUGCCACGGUUGUCCUUCAGAUGGUGAAGAUCAUUGAUCUGAGCUUCAACUCUCUGCAGAGUCUCAUGUUUAAAGAAAACACUCUGCAGACACUGGAGGAACUCUUCUUACAAGGAAACGACCUCACCACCCUCCACCACCAGGUGUUUCAAAGACUGCCGAGUAUCAGACACCUGCAGCUGCAGCAGAACAACUUGGAGAUCUGUUCAUCAGACCAGAUCCACCAGGAUCCUACAGACCAGGACCAGCAGGAUCCUGCAGAGUGUGUCUACUUCACUUCAGUACGGAACCUGCAUUUCCUGAACCUGUCUGAGAACAACCUGAAGACUCUGCCUGCAAACGCCUUCACCAACACUUCACUAAAGUUUCUGGACCUGUCCCUGAACCCGGGUCUAGACAUGGACCAGCAUUCCCUGUCUGGUCUGGAGCAUUCUCUGGUUCACCUGUUGCUGAGGGAGAAUAACAUCUCCAGUCUGAACACAGACCUGUCCUCCCUGACGAGUCUCAGACACAUCGACCUGUCCACCAACCAGCUGACCACCCUGCCUGUGUGGAACAGGGAGUCCUCCAUCGAGUCCCUGAACCUGCAGAACAACAACCUGGUGACCCUGGAAACCAGCACUGUGCUGGUUCUGGAACGCUCCCUGAAGACCCUCUAUAUGGGCUCCAACCCUCUGAGCUGCUGCAGUAACCUGGACUUCCUGCACAUGGUGCAGCACUCAGCGGUGGUGGUUCCAGACACGAGACCGUCACCUGCGUCCACGACGAAUACUCUGAGCCGGGUCAACAUCGAGAAGGUGACGCAGAAGAUGUGUCACCGAGCCAGCAUCCAGAAUUACAUCGUUGCUGUCAUCCUGACAGCGUUAACUCUAAUGGUCGUCCUCGUGCUGCUGGUUAAAUGUUGUCACACCAGGAAACACAAACACAACCGGAGCUUCAGUGCCUGAUGUGGAUCAACAGAGAACAUGAAGGAACAUGAAGGAUGAUGGUCAGUGGUUUAAAACCAGGGACACAAAACAUGAAUGUAGGCUGUUAAGUUUUCUGAAGGUGGACGGUCUGUGAUUCUUCAGGGACACAUACAGAUCUGCUCAAUGAUGGGCUGAGACACCUGU